GCAGGUGCGGGCAGAGCACGGCGGCCGCGGGCAGCGGGACGGGCAGUUGGGCCGUGGCCAUGGCGGCUCCGCGCUCCUUCAGCGCCGCCGAGGUGCGGGCGCGCUGCGCGGAGGGCGCCUGCCUGGUCCGCUGCCGCCGCCGCCUCUACGACCUGAGCGGCUUCGUGCGGCUGCACCCGGGCGGGGAGCAGCUGCUCCGGCGACGGGCGGGUACCGACGUGAGCGCUGCGCUGGACGGGCCGCCCCACCGGCACUCAGCUAACGCCCGCCGCUGGCUGGAGCAGUACUACGUGGGGGAGAUGGAGCCCGGCGAGGAGCAGAUCCCAGCGAUGGCACCUCCUCUGUUGGGACACUUGUUGCUGCCGCCUCCUCACAGGCGUGACGAGCCUGACGGGCUGGGGCAAAGGAAGAUCCAGCCCGAGCCAGUGGAUGAGCAGGAGGUGGAUGCUGCAGCUCAGACCCCAGCACGAAUGGAUCCCCGCUGUAAAACAGUGGAUGUGGAGAAGGACCUGGUGGACUGGCGGAAGCCCUUGCUGUGGCAGGUGGGCUACCUGGGGGAGAAGUAUGACGAGUGGGUGCACCAGCCCGUGGAUCGGCCCAUCCGCCUCUUCCACUCGGAUUUCCUCGAGUCCCUCUCCAAGACAGCGUGGUAUGUGGUGAUCGUGGUGUGGGUUCCCGUGGUGCUGUAUCUCAGCUGGGUCAGCUACACCUCCCUUGCCCAGGGCAACACCAGGCUUUUCUCCUCCUUCACCACAGAGUACUCCAUCCCUGUCCACAAAUACUUCUUCCCCUUCAUCUUCCUCGUGGGGAUGUUCCUGUGGUCCCUGCUCGAGUACCUCAUCCAUCGCUUUGUCUUCCACAUGAAGCCACCUGCUAGUAACUACUAUCUCAUCACACUGCAUUUCUUGCUGCAUGGGCAGCAUCACAAGGCUUCGGCAUCAGCACCCGCUUCUGGGAUCGCCCCUUCCGAACACUCAUCCCCGAGGAGACCUUUGAGAAAGAGGACUGAUGGCUCCAGCACAACUCGCAGCUGCCAGCUCCAUCCCUCCCGGGCUGGGGCUGCCAUCUGUCCUGGGGACUGUGCCACAGUGGUGGCCCCACACUGGAGCAUCCCCCCGGUGCACUGUUGUUCAGCUGUGGCACUGCCAAGGGGGGCAAGAAUGUGGGGAAAGGGGAGGAGGAGGUUGUGGGGCUCCCUGGGGGGCUCCCACCCCUUCCUCGCUGCCCUCCUGCUCCAGGUCACGGAUGCAUGGGCAGGUCUGCUGCCCAAGAGAUGAAGUGCCUGAUGCUGCCCUCCCUCCUCUACCCCAGCACCUUGCUGGAGCCCCCCGAGCCCCUGGCCCUCCCGGGGUGCCUCCUCCCCAGGGUGCCCACCACACUGCAGUUAACCCCAUCACCUAACUCGUGCCAAGGGGCUUCCGUACCCAGCCCAAUCCCAGCACGGGACUUUCUUGACCUGCAGCCUGUGGGGUGAGGAUCCCGCAGGUCUGGAUUUUGCCUUUUUCUAACCAGUGCACCUGUAUCUCUCUGCCAGAUUUAUCAGGUUCAUGUUUUUUGUAGACAUUGGCUACUUGAAACUCAAACUCCAAUGAACAGAAUUGCUACAAGAUGCCAUUUUUGCUGAUCCUGUGAUUUAUUUUUUUUUUCCUAAUGUUUACUGCAGAUAUUUAAAGGUUUGGAAUAAAUUUAUAUGUAAAACUGUAGACACUACAAUUGUAAAUAAACUGUAUAUUUUGAAAAAUAAAGACUUUUAAAAAGGG